CUGCUUCUUCUUCCUGAUAGCGGGCAAAUAUGUGGGUCGAAAACUUCAAGAAUUUCUGGUAUUCAUGGAACAUUCAUAUUUUCAUUUUGUUAAGCCUCUUCUCACAAAUAAUAUUGGUCCUUUUCGCAUCAUUUAGGCAGAGAAGCAGAAACAUCAUACUAGGCUUAUUUCUCUGGUCUAUAUACCUUAUGGCAGACUGGAUUGCUAUUUAUGCUAUAGGACUAAUUUCCAACGGCCAAUCUGAUCCCUCCAAAGGGAACAAAAACAUUCUCGCUUUCUGGGUCUCUUUUCUUUUGCUACAUCUCGGUGGCCCUGAUAGCAUUACCUCUUUUUCUCUUGAAGAUAACCAACUCUGGAUCCGCCAUUUAUUUCGGCUCAUUGCGAAGCUUUUUGCUGCUGCUUAUAUCUUGUUUCAAACAUUUCCCAACAACAACAUAUGGUUCCCGACAAUCCUUGUACUCCUUGUCGGAGCAAUCAAGUAUGCAGAGAGAUUAACGGCUAUGUAUCUUGCAAACUUGAAGCGUUUCGAAUCCACCACAUUGCCGAAGCCGAAUCCUGGUCAUGACUAUGAAGAAUCGGUGGCGAAAUACUCGCAAACAAGGUCUGUCAAGGUUGUGGAACAGACACAGAUAACAGUGGUGGAAAACCUUGAACAUUCUUACAAGGAUCGAAGUCUAGAUGAUUCAAAAAAACCAGAGGAUAUGGAUAUGGAAAUACUAAUUACAGCUUAUUUUCUCUUUCAGGAUUUCAAGGGACUUCUUGUCGGCUUCAUUUUGAACCCAAGUGAUCAAAAAUCAAGCAGGAAUUUCUUUCUCCACAUUAGCUCUGCUGAUGUGAGUUUUAGAUUGAUGGAGUAUGAGCUCAGUUUAAUGUACCAGCUUCUACACACCAAGGUCUCCGUGGUGUUCACCGGAAUUGGCCUACUUGUUCGUUUUAUUAGCGUGUGUUGCAUGAUUGUUGCUUUCAUUUCGUACCAUUAUUUAGUUGAUAAAAAUAGGCUGGAAAAUUCCGAACUCAUCCUUGGUUAUGUGUUGGUUAGUGGAGCUAUAUUUGUUGAUAUUAUCUCUGGAAUUAAGCUCUGUUUCUCCGACUGGCUUCUCAUGUACAUCUACCUCAAGAGCUGGAAAAAAUAUAUUCCGGUUCUCGCAGACAGAAUGUCGCCAGAGCCUCAUAAAUCUUGGUCGGCUUACUUGUCUAACAAAAUGAACUCGAUUCGAGAUCGUAUCUUACAAGGCAGAAGGUGGUCUAGAUCGGUUUCGCAGUAUAAUAUGAUAACACUCUGCCUGAAGCUAAACAGAUUGGAAAAGUGGCCCUUCUCUGACCGUGUUAUUUCCAAGCUAGAUAAAGAUCAUAUAUUUUGGUAUUUUACAUCAGUGGAGAAGAAGAUUGAAGAACUUCAGUGCUUGAUCUUUAGAGAGCUGAAAGAGAAAUCUUUGGACCCAAGUGAUGCAAUGAAGGCAUGCUCACAUAGAGGUGACUGGGCUCUUUUGCGCUCUAAGAGCUAUGUCAAGCUCCAAUGGAGCAUCAAUGAAUUUCACCAUGCUGAAAGCCUUAUCCUGUGGCACUUAGCUACUGAACUUUGCUACCAAGAUAAUGAUCACACUGACACUGGUAAAAUAAUUUGUAAAAACAUUUCGGAUUAUAUGUUUUAUCUUCUGGUGAAGAAACCUGAAUUGCUGGCACCAGUUUUGGGAAAUAUGUGGCAGAUUGUGUUUCAGGAUACUUUAGAAGAGGCUAAGCGUUUCUUUAGCAAACACUUCGUAAAAGAUCAUCAGAAGGCCUGCAAGAAAUUGAGUAAUGUGAAACCAAAAUACAGACCUGCUGAAGUGAAAGGAAAUAGUAGCAAAUCUGUGCUGUUUGAUGCUUGUAGACUAGCAAACCAACUCCAAAGCUUGGGGGAAAACCGUUGGGAUCUAAUGAGUAGGGUUUGGGUGGAAUUACUGUGUUACAGUGCAAGUAAUUGUCAAGCAAUCGUUCAUGCGCAGCAACUAAGACAGGGUGGAGAGCUUUUGACUUUCACUUGGUUGCUAAUGAACCAUUUGGGUGUGGGAUCCCAGUUUCACGAGCAACAGAUCAAAAAGUAGGAAAUAUAUUUCAAUUAAAAGAAAGGGAGGGGAAAAAGAAAAAAAAGCAGCUAUUUAUGUUUGAAUGUUUCAUUUGUAUUAUAUAGUAUAUAUAUGUAUAUUAAUCUCUGUUUUCCAUUAUGUUUUACCUCA